CAGCUGGAGCCCCGAGCUGAGCUGCAGAAGGUGGAUUAGCUGCUGAAGAUGGCUGAGCUGCAGGUCUCGUCUCCUCUGAAGGACUUUAUAAGCACAUAUCUGAUACCGGAAGUGUGUUAUGAGUAUUUAUUUGUGCAGAAGAGACUCAGACACGUACCGUGUCUGAAGAUCCUUCUCAGUAAGAUCAUGAGUGUGUGGAUGCUUGGAGAACUCAUCGCGCCGCUGUUCCAGAUCUGGACGGUGCUGAGGGGGGGCAGCGCUGAGGGACUCAGUCUGGUCUCUUCUGUCCUGGAUCUGCUUUCUGUUUCAGCUCAUACAGCUUACUGCAUCCGACACGGCUUUCCUAUAGGGGCCUUUGGUGAGAGUGUGUUCGUGCUGAUGCAGCUCACACUGCUGGUUUUUCUUAUUCACUACUACAGGGGAAACGGCAUCCAAGGUGUGUUCCUCCUGUGUGUGUACUCGGGGUUCAUGUACGUGUUGAGUUGUGCUGUGGUUCCUGUUGCUGUUCUGGUGAUGAUGAGGGACUGGAGCGUUCUCAUCACCAUCAGCAGUCGGUUGAUUCAGGCAGGUUGUAAUAUUAACAGCGGUUCUACAGGACGUCUUUCUGCCCCGAGUGUGUUCCUGAUGUUUCUGGCAUCUGUAGGACGCACCUUCCGCUCCAUACAGGAAUCUCCGGACUCUCUGGGAUCUCAGGCUGCUGUUCUUUCAUCUGGCUGCUCUCUGCUCAUCCUGCUGCAGAUCUGGAUUUACAGAGCACCGUCGGUGCAACAGGAGAAGAAGAAGCAGUGAGGUGGUGACGGGUGGUACGGUGGACACAGGAACCGGGGGGGCUCUGCUACCAGCCAGUCGGGCGCCUAGAUCUCGUCUGAGGGUCUCUGUGCAGCACCAUGGAUCAGCCAGCAGAGGGCGUAACUGCAGCAGGUACGAGGAAUCCCCUCCGGCGGAGUUAUACCCUCCUCAUACCUGCUGCAGUUACGCCCUCUGCUGGCUGAUCCAUGGCGCUGCACAGAGAUCGGCGUGUGACUCUCCAUGCCCUCUCCAUGACUCUCCUUUGGUUACUUAAUGAACCAGUUCACCACAUUUCAUUAAUAAGCUCAUUAAGCGAUUAAACUGAAAUGUAAAUCUCAGACAUUUUUAACACUGAGCCACGGCAUUACAAAAACCUCAAGCGACAAGUCAUCCAGGAGGUCAGAAAAGCUCUCAGAAAAACGUACAGAAACAUUUGUAGCAUCUGGGCAACAAGGGGAUUCCCGAAACUAUUGAGAUGACUUAUCGCCGUGUUGGUGUUGCCUCAUCUGGAGUCACUGCUGUAAUCGGGUUCCACUCUGAGCAUGUUGUUCUGAUUCAGUCCGCUGGGGGGCGCCAAAGCUUCAGUUCCUCUCCUCAGCUCACAGGGUUCAACAGUUCUGAUCAAACGUUCAGCUGCUUUUAUGUUACAGAAACUUUACAUUUUAUUUUUUACAUUUUCAUUUAUUUUGGUUUUAUUUUACACUUAUUUUAAGUGUUUUUAUUUGUAUUAUUUUCUCUCUAAUUAAACAUUUAAUUGUGAUAUUAAAAUGAAUUAUUUCUAUAA